UAUAUUAUGUUGAAUUAAAUAAGGUCAAAAUAAUAUAUUAUUGUUAACUUAAUUAUUAAAAAAAGAUAAAAUUAAAAAAAUCAAAUUAAAUAUUCCUAAACCUAAUCCUACUCAAACUCUAUCAUCUACUUAAUUCUAUAAAUACAUACUUUUCGAAGCUAAAAUUCUUAUUAGUCAUUAUUAAUUAUUAAUUGUUCUCUCAAAAACCAAACAAUGGAGAUUGUUACACCAACAAACGAAUCCAACAAUGCAAACAUCAAAACAACAUCAUCAAUAUCAAUGUCAUCAUCAAUUAAUGAUCUUUUACCAACAACAACUAUAACCGAACCACCCCAAAAGAAACUCACUCUACUCCCUCUCAUAUUCCUCAUCUAUUUCGAAGUGGCCGGAGGGCCUUUCGGAGAAGAGCCCGCUGUGCAGGCAGCGGGCCCACUAUUUGCCCUAAUAGGCUUUUUAGUGUUUCCUUUCAUAUGGAGCAUCCCUGAAGCCCUAGUAACGGCUGAACUCUCCACUACCUAUCCAGGUAAUGGAGGGUUUGUUAUAUGGGCUCAACAAGCCUUUGGACCCUUCUGGGGUUCUAUGAUGGGAACUUGGAAGUUUUUAAGUGUUGUCAUUAAUAUCGCCGCCUUUCCAAUUUUAUGUGUGGAUUAUUUAGAAAGGCUUUUUCCUAUUUUGGAUUCGGGUUGGCCUCGCUAUGUAGUGAUUUUCGGCAUGAUUAUAAUUCUAGCCCUAAUUAACUAUAUUGGUAUCACAAUAGUUGGCUAUGUAGCUGUGAUCUUAGCCUUAGUAUCAAUAGCACCAUUUGUGCUAAUGAUAUGUUUUGCCAUUCCCAAAAUCAAGCCCGUAAGGUGGAUUAGUUUAGGGCAAAAGGGUGUGAAGAAAGAUUGGGGUUUAUACAUCAAUACAUUAUUUUGGAACCUUAAUUUUUUUGACAGUGUUUCAACUUUAGCCGGCGAAGUUGAAAACCCUCACAAGACUUUUCCGAAAGCACUAUUCAUAGCGGUGUUAUUCACAUGUUUAUCAUACUUAAUUCCUCUUUUCGCGGUAACAGGCUCAGUUUCGGUCGAUCAAAGUUUAUGGACAACUGGUUUUCAUGCUGAGGCUGCAUACAUCAUAGCCGGGAAUUGGCUCAAAAUAUGGAUAGAAAUUGGAGCAGUGUUGUCAGCAAUUGGGCUCUUCCAAGCCCAAUUAAGUAGUAGCUCAUACCAAAUACUUGGUAUGGCGGAAAUUGGAGUUUUACCCAAGAUUUUCGAGUACCGUUCGAAGAAAUUCAACACUCCUCUAUUUGGAAUAUUGGUCUCAGUUGGGAUAGUUUUGGGAAUGGCAUAUAUGGACUUUGAGGUAAUAAUUGCUGCAGCAAAUUUCUUGUAUAGUUUGGGAAUGUUGCUUGAAUUUGCUUCUUUUAUUUGGCUAAGGAGAAAGUUUCCUCAAUUAGGUAGACCAUUUAAGGUUCCAAUGGGGUUGUUUGGAUUGAUUGUGAUGUGUUUGGUUCCUUCAGCAUUUUUGAUAUUGGUUAUGGCCAUAGCUACAAAAAUUGUUUAUUUAAUUAGUGGUGUUAUGACAAUUGGUGGAAUUGGUUGGUAUUUUCUCAUCAAGUUUUGUAGAACAAAGAAGCUUUUAAGAUUCAACACUAAUCAUUUUGAAGAUGAAGAAUGAAGAGAAUAAGAAAGAUACUAGAAAACACAAAUAUGUAUUUUAUCAGUUUUAUAUAUUUUUUUAAUUAUUAUUUUAGAUUUGUUUUUAGUACAGCUUUGACAUUACAUUGAUGAUACAAUCUUAAGUGUUUGUAGUUAUUAUUAUUUUUAUGAAAUGGUAUUUUUUUGUAGCCAGAAUUAAUAUUUUUAUGAAAUGGUAAUAAUUACAGGUAAAGUAGUAAAUCAAAUAUUAUGAAAUUUUGCAGAACUAUAUAUAAAAAGCUUCUUCUUUCAACACUAAUCAAUUUCAAGUAGA